AUGCUCGCAUCAUACCUUCUGAGCGCUGUCGUUGCGACAAGCUCCUUCACCCAAGUCAUGGCCCGAGCAGAUCGCCGUCAAACCAAUACUCUGCCUAAGGCGAACGAGUACCAGAGCAGUGACUGCUCUGGCGACCUGAACUACGGGCAUCGUUCUCCAACACUUUACGAGGUCACCAUGGACGAUACUACCCAUUCUGUAUAUCUUGCUAUGCAUGGCCCGGGACCAACAGCAGUGGACAAAUGGGUUGCUUUCAGCGGAAAGAGCAAGAAUGACGGUGUGUGCACCGGCGAGAUGCUUGGCAUCUUGGGUGGCGAGUGUCAGAACCUCGAUACGACCUACUCGAAGAGGAUCAACUGUGUCAGGAAGUGUGGUGUUUUCCCUGAUGGGACUGAGUAUGAUGUCGGCUGCUUCACCCCUAGCUAA